AUGUCUGCCAUUCACGGGCUUGGCUCUGUCAUCUACGGCAGAGUCUUUGUCACCCUCCCCAUUCCCAAUACACAAAACGACCUCUCCAGUCAAAUCAUGGUCGUCACCGGCUCAAACAGCGGCCUCGGAUUCGAGUCCACCCGCCAUCUCUCCCGCCUCGGCGUGGGAAAGCUCAUCAUGGCCGUUCGAACACCCUCCAAGGGAGAAGCAGCCAAGAACGAAAUCCUCAAAUCCACCGGAAAACUCGAUUCAUCCAUUGAAGUGUGGCCGAUCGACAUGGAUAACCAGGCGUCCGUCAAGACCUUUGCAGGACGGGCAACUCUGUUGCCCCGACUCGACGGCGUCUUGGCCAACGCAGGCAUCAUGACGAACCACUUUGUACUCAGCGAGGGAAGCGAAAAGACGCUCAACGUCAACGUCAUCAACACCUUUCUCCUGUUUUUCCUGCUCCUCCCGACCAUGCGCAGGUCAGAGCAACAAACAGGCAACCCGUGUCGCUUCGUGAUUCCCAACAGCGCUCUGCAUUACAUGGCUCCUCUCGGUGGGCUCAACGAUAGAAACCUCCUCGAUCGGCUGAAUGACAUAAAACAAGGCGACAUGGGUGGGCGAUAUCCGCUUUCAAAACUCCUUGUUCUUUUUGCCGUGCGGGAAAUAGCCAAGAGAGCCAAGGGCAAAUUCAUUAUCAACACUCCCAACCCCAGUUACUGCAAAUCCGACCUGACCAGAGAGUCAGAUUCAGCGGGGGCUAGAAUCGCUGAGAAGAUCAUGGCUCGCUCCACAGAAGAGGGGAGCCGGACUUUGGUACACGCGAUCCUCACGGACGAAAGCAGCCACGGCCAGUAUCUGACCAACUGCAAGGUCCAGGUGCCAGCGAAGCACGUCACGAACCAGUGGGGCUAUCAAGUUCAGAAGAGGUUCUUCGAUGAGCUCAUCAGCGCGCUCGAGACAAUCUCUCCCGGUAUAUCGUCCAGUCUUUAG